AUGGAACUAGAUUUCUUAUCACCUAAAGUAUAAGAAAUUAAUUUGAAAAAAUUAAGUCUUUUGCUCUCACUUAAAACACAGAACAUUGAAUAUAAUGACCCUAUUAAUGAAAAUGUUUCCUUUAUUAAAAAACUAACUAAAGAUCAUCCAUUAAAAGAAGUCAUUAAAGAGUGUUAAAACAAUAUAAGAGAAGGCUUCUUAACUCCUUUAACUAAUGUUUUAUUUAUUAUCAUUUUAGAGAUCUUCUGUUUCAGUUGAAUUUACAGCCAACAUGUUUGUUGAAGAAAUAAUAGACAGCAUUAAACUAAAACAUCUUAAAAUACUCCAAUUAGAUGAACUCAUCAAUAAUUUUAAAAAUAACAUAGAUAUUAUUGAAAAUAUAGAAAUUAUGUAGCAAUCCUUAAAUCUAUAAGAACUUUAUGAAAUUCUUAUACUCAAUCAACCUAAUGACGAUAAUUAUCAAUUGUAUUUAAAUGAUCAAAAAUUAUACCCUAAUUAAUGGCAUUCUUGUCUGUUUGAGGUCUAAAAUAAGUUAAAAUUUGUAUUAUAUUCUAAUAACAAUAAAAUGCUUUAAGCUACAACUGUUGAUAUGAUCUAUGUAUCAUUAUUGUUAUAUCAUUAGUAAAUUGGAAAUAACUGUGUAAAUAUAAAACAAAAUCAAUAUAAUUAAAUCUUACAUCUUAAAUUUCUAGAGGAAUCAAAUUAACCAAUUUAAUAUGAAUUAUAGUAUUUAAUACUAUUUUAUCUUAGAAUAUCAUUAACUUUCAAUAUGACAAAUGAUUUAAAGAAAAAAAUCAUCUAAACAUUGAAGGAAGAAAUCUUAGAAAUUGAUUAUAAAGUUUUAGAAAUGAUAUAAACCAUUAAUAGAAUAUUAGAACCAUUUUCUAAUAAUGGAUUUAAAUAUUUAAGAUAUUAAGGUAUUAUUGACAAUGAUAGUAUGCCUAAAAAUAGAAAUCACUGUUGCCAAAUUUUCUGA